AUGCAGUUGUGCAGCGACUGUACUUUAUUGGACAGGUGCUGUACGCAGAGUAUCGCUAAUCGCAAUCACAGUGCAAUCCUCGCUCAGUGCAGUAUGGCGGCGCGCGCGAUCGUCGCGUCUUGCGCGUUACUCGCGUUCGCGGGAGGUGCGUACGCGCAGGAUGCAGUGGUGAUAGUAGAUGUCUCCAACCGGACAAUCCCGAAUCAAAUCUCCCAUGUGGCCCAUAGGAGCCACGGGACCUCAGGGACCCAUGCGAAAAUAGCAGCACUAGACGAUUGUCACAGCAUAUUGGCACAAUUAGAAUCGGCAAAGGAAGAAGCUCUCCUUCUGUAUACGGACUUCGCUUCCCGAGCUGGUGACGAUUUGAAGACAUUCCUGAACAACAUCACUGGUUUCGCUGAUGGCAUCAUCCAGAACUUUGAUGGUGAACCUCCUUUUGAUGAUGAUGUGGACGAAUGCUGGGUUAAGUUCCAGUACCGGGUGAAGAAGGUGGAGCAUGAUGCACAGAGAGCGGCCAUGUUCAGUGGUGACAGCCAUCAUAAGUUCUUGCUGGGACAUAUGAUUGUGUUCAGGAUGCAUCUUAAUAAGAGUGAAGAUUACUUGAAGAGAUGUGAUAAAGCUACCAGGGGCUGUGGUUUGUCAUGUGAGACCACACCACGCGUGAGGCGCUGGCGUCGCUUAGCCCUUGACGAAAUCCACCGAGUACGAGACGAUAUCCCAUUCACCAGGCGCUCUUAUAGGGAUCUGGUGUCCCAUGCUCGUCGGAAACUGAACCAUCUGAAGAAGCAGAUCAUCGUCAGGUCCAAGGACGCGAUGGAAGAUUACAAAUACUGUAUAACUAGGAGGAGGUUACGAUAGGUUCUUAGUUUGAAUAGGGUCGAAAGUUGCUUGACCUUUUUGGA